CUUCUCUCUCUCUCUCUCUCUCUCUCUCUCUUAAGCCAGCUGUUUUCUUCUUCUUCUUCUUCUUCCUCUUCUUCUACUACUCUCUCUCUUUUGCUCGCUUUCAAAGUUCCUCAAAAUCAUCCUCCGUUAAUCGCCAGCAUUGUCUUUCUUACCGAUCUGACUUUCUCAGCAUUCGAAAUCUCCGGCGUUAAAGCCUGAUCUCAAGCUUAUAUCGUUCGUGAUUCCGUCGGUGGAAGCUUUGCAAAAAAAAAAAAAAUGCCGGUGGAGGGGGAGAGAGAGCAAGGUGAGGUGUCGGUGAAGGUUGAUUUCGAGAAUGCGACUGAGAUUAAACAGGAGGUUGUUGAAGUUCCGACGACGACCAAAGAGGACGACGUCGUGGUGAAUGGGAUCAGCCAUGUCGGUAAUAAUGGCAACGGGAACGACACCGAUGGUUCUUACGUUUUCAUUACGGAGAAUGAUACCGUUGGAGAUGAUUCUGAUUCUGUUAAGCCUGUUGAUCUCAAUGUUGUUGAGAAAGAUCUCAAGGUGGGAGAUAAUGCGAAUUCUGGGGAUGUGAAAGUGGAAGAGGCUAUGAGUAGUGCAGAUGAUGUUGUUUCGGGAGUUUCUCAAGAUAGUCAAACCCUGGAAAAGUCUGAACCAGAAAAGGCAGAUGAUGGACCCGAGGAGGAGGUCGUUGGGAUUGUCCCAAAGUCAGAAAUCGAGGAUUCUCUUGCAAAAAGCGUCGAUGAAGAGAAUCUUGGUAAUGGGCAUCUGGAAAAAGAGCUUGAGGGUAAAUUGGAAUCUACAGAGGAAGUGAAGCAACUUCAAGAUUCUGAAGUUGGACCCAGGGAUCUGACAAAGAAUAUCGCUGAGGAAAAGCCUGAAGAUAAAAUUGAAUCUGAGAUUAAAACAGAUGUGGAGGGACAUCAAGGGGACAUUAUUGAAACGCAAGAAAAAUCUGAUGUUGAUGUUGAUGUUUCUGAAGAUCUUAAACAUAACGAGGAUGUAGCAAAGGACCCAGUUGACUCAGAUCAGGGAAGUGUGUCUAAGUUGGCGAGCGCUAAGGUUUCUCCAACUGACCCCGAUGAUAGAGACAUGGGUUUGGGACAAGUUACGCUAGCAGAUCCAGCUGAUACCAUCAAUGGAUCUGAAUCUGUGAAUGAUCGCAGUGGAUCAGAAUCUGUAGCAGUUUUAGAAUCUGUUCCUGUUGAAAAUGGUCAUCCUCCAAUAGAAUCAGAGUCAGAGAAAACUGGUGAUGUUCCAUUUACUUCAGAGGCGGAGAAAGUCAAUGCUUUCGAAGGUGAUGUGUUGCCAGACUCUGGAUCCGUGGAGGUUGCUGUAUCAGAGGUAAGUAGUGAUGUCCCGGCUGAGACUCAAACUCUUACUGCCGCAAGCUUGGAUGCCCACACUCCUGGUAUAGAUAGUGUAGUUGAAAAUGGUAAUAUCAAAUCGGAAUCUGAAGCAGAUAUUGGAGCUGUUGAUGAUGUCUCCGUGUCUGAUGGGAGUAUAAACACUCAUCAAGAUGAUCCUACUUAUGAUCAAGAAGGAAAACAACACAUAGAAUCUGAAGUUAAGGAACUUCUUGAUGCCCCUGCUUCAGAAGAAAGAAGUGAUGCUGUUAUUGUUGCCAAAGAGAAGGUUUCAGAAGCUGCUAUUUCUGAUGGCUUAUCUUGUACCAACCAGCAGGAACCAGAACGUGAUGAGAAAUCUGGGCUUGUUGAAAAACUACCAUCCCAUGUGCUACAUGAGAAUGCGCCUUCUGGGAAUGACACAAGUGUAAAUGUAAGCGAUGACAGCAAAAGUCAAAGUUUAUCAGAGGGAGUUGACACGAACCAGAAGAUUCAAGAUGAUUGUAGUGCUCAGUUGGAAGAAGUGGCCAAUGUGAAUGUAAAACAUGCUCCUAAUGAGAAAGUUCAAGAAAACAACAGCGAGAGGAACUUAAGUGUUGGUGGUGAUGUUUGUCUAAACUCUGCUGAAGAAGCGAAAGAGUCACCUACAGAGGAUCUUUCUGGGAAUGCAUCCCUUGAGAGUGCUGAGACUCUCUCUACAAACAUCAAGGAAUCAUUGAGCUUGUUGGAUUCCAAAGCCGCUGUCUCUGACUUGGCAGAAAGCUCAGCAGAAGGAGUGGUUGGCGAAACGGGUGCUGUUGCCACGGAAUCUGAAGCUGCGCAAUCAGUUGAAGAAUGCUCUGAACCUCAUAUUGCUCCAUCCACUAUUGAAUUUGGUGAAAUAAACAGAGAAGUCAAUUGUGGUUCAGAAGUGAAUGUGACGAAGACCCCUCCUGUUGAUGUGUGUGAGGAUAUACCACCUAAUGAAGUUUCUGAGAUGAAAGAAUCGGACAUCAAAGAAAAAUCUUCGAUAAAUGCAGAUGAAGAAGUCGGUACUGCCUCAGUUGCAUCUGAAAUCAAGACCUGUGCACAGGAUCUUGAAUCUAAAGAGGUUACAUCUACUACAGAAGCUAAAGACUCUGUGGACAGCCAACCUGCUGAAAACAAAGAUGGAAAUGCUGUUGAUGGAACAGAUGGUAAAGUAGCCUCGACCUGUGAUGGUUCUGCGCAUGAUGCUUCUGAAGCGCACACUGUAGCGGUAGAGAUAGAGAAAAGACCGUUUUACUUUCUGCCUAGAGUUCCAAGAUAUGUUGACGAAAAUUUAGCUGAGCAACUCGAGCAUGCUGAAGCGCAGGUCGAUCAGAAAACACAGAGUCGGGAUGCUCUUAGAGCGGAUAUCCAGAAGAUACGCGCAAUAUGUAAGGACUAUGAUAUCAGUUACAAGGCGGCCAUGGCAGAAGAGAGAUCUGCAAGAAAAGCAAUGCAUUCAAAACGGCAGGAAAUUGAUACCCUUCAGUCUGUGAUUAGCCGGGUUAAGAGUGCUGCGUCUGUUGAUGAUAUUGAUUCGAGGGUGCAUAAUAUGGAACACUUGAUGCAACACUCAACUAUAUCUCUGACUGAAGAAAAAGGAUUCAUGCGUGAAAUAAAACAGUUGAAGCAACUCCGUGCGCAGAUAUCUUCGAGUAUGGGUACCACGGAUGAAGUUAAGCAAGCAUUGGAUGAGAAAGAAAAAACAGAAGAGCGUUUGAAGGUAUUGAGGAAGGAACUAGAUGGGCUUAGAAACGAUCUCUCAAAAGUCGAAGCAAUCACAAAAGCUGCUAAAAAAAAGUGUGAUGAGGAGUGGGAAGCACAGAGUAAACUGCAAGAACAGUUCAGAGCUGCUGCUGCUGUUCGCCAGGAAGCAUUUGUGCACCUACAGGAUUUGAAGAAACAACAACGAGAAAAGAACAAAUAUUUCUUCAAGUACAAAGAUAAUUCAAGGGCAGCAAGUGAAAUGGCUUUGAAGAAAGACAGAGCAGCCCUGCAAAGCCUUUGUUCUGACCAGGUUGAGAAUUUCAUGAAUAUGUGGAACAAUGAUGAGGAGUUCCGAAAAUACUAUGUAAGAUGCAACACAAGGAGUACCUUUAAGAGACUAGGAACCCUAGAUGGACGAUCUCUUGGCCCUGAUGAGGAACCACCUCGGAUCACUUAUGCUACAAGAACAGACAAACUUAGAUCUUCUAGUGACAGAGCAGAGAAACAUGAGGCAGCUCCACCAGUUCCAGCACAACAAGAGAAAGUCAUCAAAUAUGAAGGUUCAAAAGUUGAAAACAACAGUAAGGCUGCUGCUAAACCCACUGAGCAGAAGAGUCAGACCACUAAAUCUAAAAAGGCCGUCAAAGCGGACCAGCCUCCCCCGAUUGUUACCAAAUUGGAUUCUGGAAAAGAGGAGAUCGAAAAGUCAGAAACAAAGGAAGAAGAAGAGCCACCUAAGUUAACCAAAGAGGAAGAGGAGUUAAUUAAGAAAGAAGAGGAGAAGAGAAAACAAAAGGAAGCUGCGAAGAUGAAGGAGCAGCAUCGGUUGGAGGAAAUAGCAAAAGCGAAAGAGGCAAUGGAGAGGAAGAAGAAGAGAGAGGAGAAGGCUAAAGCAAGAGCUUUGCUUAAGGCCCAGAAAGAAGCAGAAGAAAGGGAGAAGGAACGAGAAAAGAAGCUAAGGAAGAAGGAGAGAAGAAAGGGGAUAUUUACAUCAGAAGAGGCAGCAGCAGAAGCCCCAAUUCCGACAUCAGAGACUGUAGUAGAAACCCCAAGGGAGAUCGAAAUUCCAAAGAAACAAACCAUAGAGGAGAGUCAGCAAAUCAAGAAAUCUCACAAACCAUCAUCACAGUUUCUCAAACAAAACAAGUCAAAAUCGGUUCCUCUGCCUUUAAGGAACCGAGGAAACAAGAGAAAACUGCGGCAAUGGAUGUGGAUUGGACUCAUAGUUGUGGUCAUCCUCGCAUUGUUCCUUCUCGGUAAUGCUAAUCUCUCCUUCUCUUCAGCAAAUCUCUGGUUUACAUGAGAAAAAGAAAAAAAGAAAAAUGGCACACUCUUCUUACACACUUUGCCUUGUGCUUUUUAUAGUAUGUUUUUUUGGCUCAUAUAAAUUAGUUUGGAUUGUGUUUGGUGCUUUUUUUCUUUUUUUUUCUUUUUAAGUGGAAGCUUUGAUUCAUUGAUUUCACACGAACAACAGACAUAGAUUGGUUUUUGCUUGGCUCUGGGUAUAUGUCUAAGAAGCAGGAUUCGGGUUUUUUUUUA